CAAUGCUGGCGCGCCCACGCCCGGGUGGCGAGUGGCUGCCAUGGCAAAACGCGCACUUACACCCGAUCUAUCAAUCCAUCCAUCCAUCCAUCCCGCGCGCGCCCGCACCGCACGUGCACAACCACCACCCUGACGUCACUGUCCCUCGCCCCGCCAUAUGACGUGGCGCAGCAGCCGGCACCACGACCACUACAAAGCCCAGAGAACCACUAGGAUGUAGGAGCACGCUUGCAAUGGAUCGACCACACACACGUGCUGGGGCGUAGAUGAUGGCAGGCAGGUUAUACUUGCUGUCCAGCCAGGCGGAAUUCUCGGAGAACGGAGCAGCAGCAGUGGAUCAUCCUUUGUUGCGCCUACAGGAUGCAGACUGCGAAAGAUUCAGGAAUAAACGGUGUUUGAACGUG